AUGCCGCUGAAUUGUAGGUCGCGUCUCGACUGGAAAAGAGGAAGGAAUUAAAGUUCGCAUACAACACUCGUGUACGGACAUUUAACUGUUCAGGCGACAGUUCCCUGAACAGUAAAGAAAAGGAGAAAGUCCUCUGCGUAUACAUACAAAGACUCGUAUACACGGCGGUUAAAAAAAAAACAGUCGUCUGCUCGCUCUGGCAUGGAAAGAAAGUGCUCCCUUAGCAACAGAGUGUACUGUAGGAGUAGCAGAAAGAAUGAGCGAGAACAAUCAAACAAUCAACGUACACGGAACAGUGGCAAAGUGAAACGGAUGAAAAUUGUUGUCAGUCCUACCACCGGAGGAAGUGUGGAAGUGUGUGUUCCGCCCGAGGAAACCGUGCACGGAUUGAAGCAACUUUUGUCCAGGAAAUUCAAAAUUCCUCCAGAUCGGAUCCAUUUGCUGUUUAAAGAUCGGGUACUGAAGGAGGGGAGUUUGCAGGAUAAUGAUGUGAGCGAGUCAAGUCGGAUCGUAAUCUGUCCCAACAUGGAGAGCGGCACAAUGUCUCAACGGCCAGAACACAGCGUCAUGCAAGCCUUGCAGAACCUGUCUGACUCACAGGUGAACGACUUCUUGUCAGGGCACGCUCCACUUACUUUGGCAAUACGCCUGGGUGAACAUCUCAUGUUUGUACAACUGCAGCUGUCUACUGUGCCAUCACGUACCCAGAUGCCACCCUCAGCAACCCCAGCCCCCGGGAAAAUCCUGUCUCCCACUGCUGCCCCAUCAUCAACAGAUACUACUGCUGCUGCUGCUCCUCCUCCUGCUGCAUCUCCUGCUUCAGCAUCAUGUUCUGCAUUUCUUCCCAGCAUCAAUCCUGUAUCCCUUGUAGAGGCUAGCCGUAGCCUGACAGAAAAACUUCGAGAACUCACUCGUCUUUCUCAAGAAAAGAUCCAUACUGCUGGAAAGCCUGCGGCACAGCCCCAACCCUCUUCAAUGCCACUUACUCCACCUCCUUCACCCCCACCCAGCCCAGGUGCUGUCAUUGAUUCGAUGAAUCAUAUCGGCAGGGGCAUUUACUCAGGCACUUUUUCUGGUACUUUGGACCCACGACUGCAGGACGGAAGUGGUCGCCCAAAGCGUGAUGUCAGCACCAUUUUGCAUAUACUCCAUGACUUGCUGGUGGCACAGCCUGCCAGCCACAUGACACCAACUCCACUUCCUCACCAUCACCAUAGCAACUACAUGCCACCCUCACCCACAGAAAAAAAAGAGGUUGCAGAGCAUGCAGUUAUGCGUGACAAAGUGCAGCGAAUACAAAUGAUGCUUGAGGAGCGUCGCCAACGUAGAUCUGCCAGAAGGGAAAACCAGAGACCGUAUCCUCGGCCUAGCAACUUAAGCGGAUGCACUUCUUUCUCCCAUCAGUCUGCUUUAAUUGCAGGCAACAAGCUGCUCUCUGGGUCCAUUCCGUCACCAUCUACACCUGCUGCUUCCACCACCACCACAGGUGCUGCCAACCAUGCAGAAAAUGUAGAGACAACAAACUACCGUAAACCAAACAUGGAACAAGAGACUGUAGCAGUAUGAGAAACCUGAAAUCUGCACGACAAGAAGUCGUUUGGUUCAUUUUGUUUGUUUUCUGCAGCCUCCUAUCCCAAGAGAGGUGUGCUGCUCUGUGGUGUGCGCACAGCACUUUGUUUGGUGGCUUCCAGUUCUGGAAGGUCCAUUUGGCCCCAAUGCUGCAUCAGCUUGGCGAGCCUCAGCUGCCUUAUUUGGUCAAGACAGCUAAAGAGGAGAGGUGCAUUUUCAGUCGGUUGUCUGGCAUAACUGGCAUCUGCAACACUUGUUAGAGCCAGUGCUAGCACCAGAAUUUUUUUGGUUUUGUUAACUCGGGGGGAUAGUGAAUUUGUCAUUGUAUUUUUAUCCCUACGUUUCCUUUAGGUUCCCCCCAACCUUCAUUUUGAGCUUUGAAGCUCGCAUUGAAAUGGCAUAUACCCUGCCAGUGAAUGUUUGCCCUAGGACCAGGUCAAAAGAAAGUAGACGAUUUUUGUCAGUUGUUUUGGUUUGAGUGUGGAUUCUUUUCAUUUUGUUUAACAGUUGGUGUAGGUACAGUUUAGGGAAGAGUGUGUUCUGGUCAUCCAUUAAUUUUAAUCAGUGUAAUCGAGAAUAUAUAUUUCAAAUGCUUUCUGACAUUUUAAAAUUAGUGUUUGAAUAGGAUUCUUAAUAGUAGUUUUACAGUCUACAGUUUUAUACUAGGAGCAAAAUUUGUUGCCAUUUUGUAAACAUAAUUUCUUCCUCUCACAUCCCCAAACCCCCUACAUUCCUAAGAGAUAAUUAUAUUCAAUAUGAAUAAAAUGAAGAGCAUUAGCAGCCCAUUUGCAUAAUCAGCAACGUGUUUCUUUCAUAAACAUUUCUUCUUUUCAUCAUGUACCCCUUUCCAAAGAGCUUAUCAUCCAGUUCGGAAUGUAUUUGUAUGACUAUAUAUGCAUAUAUUAUUUUAUGACUUGUAUAUGUUAAUUUGGGAUUUUGAAAGGCCAGUAAAACCCCUGACCUCCUGUUGCUUCACACCCUACCCUGCCCAUCUCCUGUUAUCAUUACAAAUCUGACGUUAUAAAUAUCUUGUACUGCUGUUCAUACAGAAUAGCAUUCAGUUGUGUUGUUGGAAUGGAUGACCCCUUAUUUGAUGGUUUUAAUGAAAAUUGACACUAAAGUAUCAAUAUAUUUUCAUUUCAUAGAAGCACUAGCUUCACUAUGUCAGCAUUUGUUAAUAUAUUAAUGUUUGGGCUUCAAAAUAUGAACCAGUGUAGUGGGUACCAAAGAAAAUCGCCUGUAGAUGGCAAAUAUGCCAAGGCCUAGCUAUUUGUUUAGCGACAAAAUAGUGCAUAUGUUUUGCAACAUUUGAAUAAAGCAUUAAUAACAAUCAGUAUCUGUAUAUAGUAUCUUAUUCAGUAUAAAAAAAAAAGGAGAAAUUACCUCAUGGUUAUUGCAUACAUUAACAGAUCUAUUUUGUGAACAAAUAAAAAUUCUAAUUGGAAAUUCAGGUUGUCAUCUAAAGGUCAUUCUUGACCAAGUUAAGGAUGCACUAGUGACAGACACAAUAAUUCUGAGAACAAGCAUCAUGUUGGAUUGAAUGCAGUGUAUACUGUACCCAGAUAGCUGAAUUAUGUUGCUCUCUAUAGUGCCAGAUUCUACAGAGGCUUAUUCCCUCCUAUAGCUGCCUUUGUAAUUUGUAACCGUUUCCACUCCACCACUCAAAAAUACUAUCAGAGGGUCAGUGAUUAAUGGCAGUGGAAUUGCAAAUUCCUCCCGUCUUUUUGUGGCUUCUGUGGAGCUUUCGGCGAGAAACCAAGCCCAGUGUGUGUGUGUUGGGCAGGGGGCAUAUGUAUUUCAUGGGAAAUCAUUAAUUUUGGUCCGACUUCAUAUAGUGCAUGGUUGAGGAGCAUGUUUUUAUCAUUUAAGAAGGGUGCUUCAUUGUUUUGUGGGUAUGGCUUUGCCAUCUGCUUUGUAUGUAUUUUUUGUGGUUACAGUUUUGAAGGUGAAUGCAAAUAUCCUUUCAUAUCAAUUUAAGUUUACUCAUCAUAGUAAUGAUAGCUAAGGUCAGAUGCACAGAUAACUGCUCUCUCCCUUACCCCAUAUUCUGUCUUGCAUCUCUUUUUCACAAAAAUGGUGUUUUAGUUUGGUUUGGUUUGUAUUAGGUUAUCAUAGAAGAGAUAUGAUAAACUUGUUAUUUUUCUGCAUAGUACAGAUAGCUGUCAGAUACAACCAAAUGUUCUGGUGGCAUCAUUUAUAUGCAAACAAAUUUGUAGAGCAAAAUAUUUUUUUUUAAUCAGAUGAUAUCAGAAACUAGUCUAUUUAAAAACCAGACCUUCAAAUUAACUGCUUAAACAGAUCAUUCGAAAAUGCAUUCUUUAAACAUCAUUUAGUUCAGCAUCACCAUAUUAAUGAUGGAUGAGUGGGGAUCUCAUUAUUCUGAUGCAUUACUAAUAUUUGUAGAAAGUAAUCUUGCAUUCUGUAAAGAAAAAGUAGAUAUUUUAAGACUCCACAAAUAGAAUUAUAAAAAAAUGUCACAUCUCGAAUCCCAGUUUAUAGCAACAUAUUUCCCACUUCAGAGCUUUUAAAAUAUUUUGGCACAUGAUCUUCUUUAACAGCUGUUUGAUAAACAAUGAUUACUUUCUUUGAGUUGAGAUCAACUUAAUGUGCAUUAAAUGGGAUCAUUUUCUUGGAUUGUAUUCAAUUCUGUAAAGGUGACAGUAAUAUUUGUCAUAUACCCAACUCUUAUCUUUGCAACUGUUAUGAUUUACCCAGAUACAGUAAUUACCGAUUUGAAAUUUUUUAAAACAUUGUAUACUUGUAUCCAUUUUGGCUGCCAUUUAAUAGCCUUUUUUCUGCUUAUUUUGUUCCGCAUUAAGAAAACUCCCAGAGUUAAGGAGAAAGCUAGUGAUGUAAAAGUGCAUUUAAUGUAAAACACCACUUUUUAAAAACUUUUUCAUGAUGUUAGGUGGUAUGGGGUUUCCUACAAAUUGUCAUUAAUUUACCAGAAUUAAAGUGAAAUAAUACACAUUUUAGCACAUUCAGAAAACACCUUUCCCUUUUUUUCAUGUAAAUACUGCAUUAUUUUCUGUUACCAAAUCACUGGAUGGUGUGUUUCUGUGAUGUCUAGAAAUACUGCGUAUCUGAGUAUGAUUAUCCUUAAUUUUACAUUUGUGUAUUUCCAACUGGGGUUUUUGUUUAAGUCAUACAAAACAAUGUAAUUAAAUCUUUGUGAAGUUGUUUACUGACUGCAUAGCAACACAUGAGAAAAUAUUUAGUUGUUGGACAAUCCUUAUUGGCAUAAUUUUUUUUUUACACUAAGACAGUUGAAUUUUAUAUGCUGAAGAUCACUAAUUAGGUCAUGACAUGGGAGCUCUUAAAAACUAGUUAUGAAAUCUCUGAUGUUAUUCCUUACCAUUCUUAUGAUUCUCCUGUUGUCUAUGCUUGAAAAAGAAAAACUCAACAAAACAGCAUGAAAUAUAUGUAACAAAUAUUCUUGAUCUGCACGAAGUAAUUUGCUAAUAGGAAUAUGCCUUGCAUUUGAGUUUAAAGAAAAUAAGUGUUUAGUUUAAUUUUAUCAGGAAUUCAUGUCUAGGAGAAUGCAGAGUUGUGACCUAACCUAAAUGUAUGUUUCUCGUCUAUGUGUGUACAGGUAAUAGUGUUGCAUAUUAUCAACAUGAACACACUGUAUUUUUAAUCCAUUAUGUCUCCUCUGCAGUCUGCAUUAAAAAACUGCAUAAUACACAAUAUUUAGAUAUAAAAGAGAAGAAAAUAUUAUGACAUAUGCAUUUAAAGGUGUCAAAAAGAAUUAUUCAAACAAAAAAAUGCAGAUUUGGUGACAAGUUCAAAGUUUUAAUAUAGCCACUAAAUGCAAGGGUAUAUAUUUGCUUAAAUUUCAAUACUUCAAAAAGCUCCACUAUCAGAAACUUCAUCCAUUUUAGAAUUUAGGAUGUUUCUUGUUUGUACAAAUUUGCUGCAAGUAGUUUGUUUAGAAAGUAAUGGUGAUUUUAUAAGAUUCAAAGGUUCUCCUAUGAAGUAAGCAUUAGCUGUCUUUUUUUUUUCAAGUGUGAUUUGAGGUUGCAUGUGAAAGACUGGAACUAAACAGAAUUGUUAUACUUUUUCUACCUUUCACAUACACAAAGCAAUAUUUGUAAGUAGAUGUUGGUUAUGAUCGAUUAAAGUGGAGAUGAAACAUG